AUGUCGCGCCGGAAGCCGACCUCUGGCGGCGCUGCAGCUGCCAGCUCAGCCCCUGCAAGACAAGCAGUUUUGAGCAGAUUCUUCCAGUCUACGGGAAGCCUGAAAUCCACCUCCUCCCCUACGGGUGCAGCCGAGACGGUGACCCCUGACUCUGACUCCGCAGCACCCCUAGCGUCCACUCUUCCGCCUCAGUUGCCGUCACACGUGGCUGCAGACAUUGACAGAAGUAAAAAGAGACCCCUCGAGAAUGAUGAGCCUGUUAAAAAGAAGGCAAACAAAGUCCAAGAAAAAGAAGGAAGAAGUGAUUCAGUGACGUCCGAGAACCCUGAACCAAAGAAACAUCGGAGGACCAGGACAGUUUUAAAGUCUCUGGAAAAACUGAAAGAAUUCUGCUGCGAUUCUGCCCCUCUUCAAAACAGAGUCCGAACAGAGCCUCUUCGGGAGCGGUUUGCGGUUCUGCCGAAAUGUACUGAUUUUGAUGAUAUCGAUCUUCUCCGUGCCAAGAAUGCAGUUUCUUCUGAAGAUUCCAAAUCUCAAACUAGUCAGAAGGACAAGGCACUCGGUCAUUGUGGAUCAUCACAGAGGAGUUCUGAAAACUCCCAGAAAACUUCUGAUUCUAAACCAUCUAACAAACGGACCAAAAGCGUCUAUACCCCCUUAGAGUUACAAUACUUAGAAAUGAAACAGCAGCAGAAAGAUGCAAUUUUGUGUGUGGAAUGUGGCUAUAAAUAUAGAUUCUUUGGGGAAGAUGCAGAGAUUGCAGCCCGGGAGCUCAAUAUCUAUUGCCAUUUAGAUCACAACUUUAUGACUGCAAGCAUACCGACACACCGACUGUUUGUUCAUGUGCGCCGCCUAGUGGCCAAGGGAUAUAAGGUGGGAGUUGUGAAACAAACUGAAACAGCUGCAUUAAAAGCCAUUGGGGACAACAAAAGUUCAGUCUUUUCCCGGAAAUUGACUGCUCUUUAUACAAAAUCUACACUUAUUGGAGAAGAUGUGAAUCCUUUAGUCAAGCUGGAUGAUGCUGUAAACGUUGAUGAAAUAAUGACUGAUACUUCUACCAGCUAUCUUCUGUGUCUUUGUGAAAAUAAGGAAAAUGUUAAAGACAGAAAAAAGGGGAACAUUUUCAUUGGAAUUGUGGGAGUGCAGCCCGCCACAGGUGAGGUUGUAUUCGACAGUUUCCAGGACUCUGCCUCCCGAUCAGAGCUAGAAACUCGGAUACUGUGCCUGCAGCCAGUGGAGCUGCUGCUUCCAUCAGACCUGUCAGAGCCAACAGAGAUGCUCAUCCACAGAGCCACAGCUGUUAGUGUGCGGGAUGACAGAAUUCGAGUAGAAAGGAUGGAUAACAUGUAUUUUGAAUACAGCCAUGCUUUCCAGGAGGUCACAGAAUUUUAUGCAAAAGACAUAGUUGAUAACAAAGGUUCUCAAAGUUUGUCUGGCAUCAUUAAAUUAGAGAAGCCAGUUAUUUGCUCUUUGGCUGCCAUAAUAAGAUAUCUCAAAGAAUUUAACUUGGAAAAGGUGCUUUCCAAACCCAAGAAUUUUAAACAGUUAUCAGGUGAAAUGGAAUUUAUGACGAUUAAUGGAACAACGUUAAGGAACCUGGAAAUCCUUCAGAAUCAGACUGAUAUGAAAACCAAAGGAAGUUUGUUUUGGGUUUUAGACCAUACUAAAACUUCAUUUGGGAGACGGAAGUUAAAGAAGUGGGUGACUCAGCCACUCCUUAAAUUAAGGGAGAUAAAUGCUCGACUUGAUGCUGUAUCUGAAGUUCUCCAUUCAGAAUCCAGUGUGUUUGGCCAGAUAGAAAGUCAUCUACGUAAAUUGCCCGACAUAGAAAGAGGACUCUGUAGCAUUUAUCACAAAAAAUGUUCUACACAAGAGUUCUUCUUGAUUGUCAAAACCCUGUAUCACCUGAAGUCAGAAUUCCAAGCAUUAAUACCUGCUGUUAAUUCCCACGUUCAAUCAAACUUGCUCCAGAUCUGUCUUCUAGAAAUUCCUGAACUCCUCAGUCCAGUGGAGCAUUACUUGAAGAUAUUGAAUGAACAGGCUGCCAAAAAUGGGGAUAAAACUGAAUUAUUCAAAGACCUUUCUGACUUUCCUGUAAUAAAAAAGAGGAAGGACGAAAUUCAAGAAGUUACCAACAAGAUCCAAACACAUUUGCAAGAAAUACGAAAAAUACUAAAAAAUCCUUCUGCACAAUAUGUGACAGUAUCAGGACAGGAGUUUAUGAUUGAAGUAAAGAAUUCUGCAGUAUCUUGUAUACCAACUGAUUGGGUUAAAGUUGGAAGCACAAAAGCUGUGAGCCGCUUUCACUCUCCCUUUAUUGUAGAAAAUUACAGACAUCUGAAUCAGCUCCGGGAGCAGCUAGUCCUUGACUGCAGUGCUGAGUGGCUUGAUUUUCUAGAGAAUUUCAGUGAACAUUACCACUCCUUGUGCAAAGCAGUGCAUCACCUAGCAACUGCUGAUUGCAUUUUCUCUCUGGCCAAGGUCGCUAAGCAAGGAGAUUACUGCAGACCAACUCUACAAGAAGAAAGAAAAAUUGUAAUAAAAAAUGGCAGGCACCCUGUGAUUGACGUGUUGCUGGGAGAACAGGACCAGUAUGUUCCCAAUAGUACAGAUUUGUCAGGGGACUCAGAGAGAGUAAUGAUAAUUACUGGUCCAAACAUGGGUGGAAAGAGCUCCUACAUAAAACAAGUUGCAUUGAUUACUAUCAUGGCUCAGAUUGGCUCCUAUGUUCCUGCAGAGGAAGCAACAAUUGGAAUUGUGGAUGGCAUUUUCACAAGGAUGGGGGCUGCAGAUAACAUAUAUAAAGGACGGAGCACAUUUAUGGAAGAGCUCACUGACACAGCAGAAAUCAUAAGAAAAGCAACAUCACAGUCUUUGGUUAUCUUGGAUGAAUUGGGCAGAGGGACCAGCACCCAUGAUGGAAUUGCCAUUGCUUAUGCUACCCUUGAGCAUUUCAUUAGAGAUGUGAAAUCCCUAACCCUGUUUGUUACCCAUUAUCCACCAGUUUGUGAGUUAGAAAAAAGUUACUCACAGCAGGUGGGGAAUUACCACAUGGGAUUCUUGGUCAAUGAGGAUGAAAGCAAACAGGAUCCAGGUGAAGAAGACAAAGUCCCUGAUUUUGUCACUUUUCUUUAUCAAAUAACCAGAGGAAGUGCUGCAAGGAGUUACGGACUAAAUGUGGCUAAACUAGCAGAUGUUCCUGGAGAAAUUUUAAAGAAAGCAGCUAGCAAGUCAAAAGAGCUGGAAGGAUUAGUAAAUAGGAAAAGGAAAAGGCUAAAGUCUUUUGCCAAGUUAUGGACGAUUAAUGAUGCUAAAGACUUGCAAAAGUGGACAGAUGACUUUGAAAUGGAAGAAAUUACAGACUUCUCUUCCUGAUGAUAAUGAAGACUACAUUUUUGAACAAAAAAGAGAGAAUUAAAACUAUCAACUGUACAAAACAACUCUGCAGUAACAGCCCAUCUUUGUAUGACGUGAGCAAAAAACAUGACCGUGGUAUAGUCUUAUUAGAAACAGGGAGGCCUUUUGUGUAGAAAGUCUGAUUCAGGUUCCAACCAUCCUGACUUUUAAAAGCAUAAACACUUUCGGAUAUUAAGAUUUCUGUCAUGUCACUAGCAAAUGUCAUGGAUGAUGAGAUUCACAUAAAAGCCUGAAGUGAUAGAAUUUACAGUUCAAGAACUUUUACAGAGCGAUAGAACAAUUUAAUGCAUGAUUUUAUUUGUCUCAGUUCCGAUAGUUUGGAACUGGGUGAAAUGUCUGGCCAGACUAUGUCUUCAUUCAAACUAAAAUAAUUUUUUAAUGCCACCAGUUUAUUCACUAUGAGCAUAAGAAUUUUUGAAAAGAAACAGAAUUAUCAGGCUUUUAGAAACAUGAAAAGGGUAAGGUCCUAUGAAAUCUGAAAAGUUAACUAUUGUCCUAGUUUUAAGCAAUUUAAAAAUUGACAGAUGAAAUUAUUUGUCAUUUAAGUAAGUAAUAAACAUUUAAUGAAUAUUUGGUA